GCUUUUGGGGCUUAGGAUACUGAUAUAAGAGCAACUCCGGACAUGUUUCCUCAUUGUAAACCACACAGCUGGAUUAAUCCAGGGCUCGGAUAUCACUGAGCAGAGGAACUCACGCUCACCACACUAAAUCAGAUGAGGAUGAGGAGGGCUCUGGCUGUGUUGUGGCUGGUCUCACUAUGUGCCGCUCAGAGGAAGAAGUGGACUCAGGAGACAUUGGAGCUCAGAGAUAAAACAAAUGGCAAAAGCUGCUCGAACAUGACCCAAGUGCUGGACAACUGGAAAUAUGCUAUUGUGCACCAGGUGAAGGAUCUGUUAGUCAACGACCAUGCUUCAGUCUUACCAGAAUAUGUGAGGAUUAAGCCUCUGUCUGAUGCGGUGGGGGAUCUUUACAAGCAAUUUAACACAUUGAAGGAGAACCUGGCAAAGCUUACCAAUGAAUUUGACAAGGUGGAGGGCUUCGUGGAUGAGCUUCAGGCAGGAAAAGUGCCUAGAACUUCAAUGUGGAUGCCCCCUCGGCGGCCAGUUAUGAGAGCCACAACUAAGACGCCUGUGAAGGCGUCUGUGAGAGCUUCCAACACAGGCCAGUGGAUUCGGAGGGCAAGAGCCAGAAGAGGCCCUGGUACUUAGUGGACAAAGGCAUUUCAAAGGAGUUUUGAGCUAUCAAAUGAAAAUCUAAUGGGAAUAUGAAUCAUUAUUGGAAUACUUCACCCAAAAUGCCAAUAAUGCAUCAAUGCUACUAGAUCAGGGUUGUAUACUCUUACCUGCAAAGGGCCAGUGUGGCUGCAGGUUUUCAUUCCAGUUGAAAUUAAUCAAUUGGUCCCAGUCUGCAAACAAUUGAUCAUGUGCACUCCUGCUUUAUUGGAAUGAAUCUUGCAGACAAGAUUGGACACCCCUGUUCUGGAUGGUCAGUAUCAUAUGUAGCUUUAGUAUUUUUGGGUGAUGUAUUUUUUAAUGUUAAAAUGCAGGGAGGUCAAUAAAGCUUUGCUUACAGUAUCUUUUUAGAGAAAAUUAUCUACCAAAUCAGCAGGGCUGACAACACUUGCUUAUAUAAAAUUAUAUGACGGGCACUUUUUGCAAUAUUUACAAUGAGAUUUAUAUGAAUUGAGGUCUAUGCAUCAAAUAAGACUGUUUAUUGGAGAACACAUUUAGAUUCUUUGUAAGUAGUGACUCUAAUAUAAUGGGUUCAUUUA